AUGUCUGGUGAAAAAUGCAAGGAUUUUGACGGGGACAUGACUUUUCUGGGUGAAUACGGCCGCUUCCAAGUUUUAAUGAUGAUUUUACUGAGUUUGACAGCAAUCCCGUGCGGUUACAUGGGAGUAUUGUCUGUAUUCAUCGCGGACACGCCGGCUCACCACUGCAAAACUUGGGACAACUCGACGAAUUUUUUUAACCGUACCGGACCCGAUGGCUGCUUUCAAUAUAAAGUGGACACGAACCGGAGCGAGGCGUUCGAACCGACCAACGGCUCGGAUCGAUGCGUGGAUGGAUGGCUCUUCAGUACAGAGAGCUCCACCAUCGUGUCUGAGUGGGAUUUGGUGUGUGAGAAUGCGUGGAAGGUCCCCUUCUCCACGUCCAUGUUCUUUGUCGGUGUCCUGUUUGGAUCCCUCGUCAGCGGCCAACUCUCAGACCGGUUUGGCAGAAAGCGUGUGCUUUUUGCCACCCUUACCUUUCAGUCUGUGACCACCUUGAUCCAGGCCACCUCCGUCAACUGGGUCAUGUUCUGCGCUGUCAACUGCCUGAGGGGAGUGGGCCACGUGUCCUGCUACGUCGCAUCAUUUGUACUGGGGUCUGAGAUGCUGUGUAAGUCUGCCAGAUUGACCUACAGUCUGAUAGGUCAGAGUCUUGCUUUUAGCCUGGGUUAUGCCCUUUUGCCACUCCUUGCCUACUUUAUACGAGACUGGAGGCUGCUCCUAGUUGCCUGUGCUAUCCCAGGCCUGCUCUUCAUCCCUACUUGGUGGGUGAUUCCUGAGUCUCCUCGCUGGCUUUUACAAAAAAAUCGGAUGGAGGAGGCUGAGUUGGUUAUACGCCGAGCUGCCAAAUUAAACAGAGUCCACGCACCUGACGUCAUAUUUAAGCCUAGCGAGGGCUCAGGAUUAGUGCAAAAACCAGGGGAAAAUAAGCAGACGUACACCUUUAUGGACCUGCUACGCACCGCUAACCUGAGGAACAUUACAGCUCUCGGCUUUAUCAUAUGGUUGGUGACAGCCAUGGCGUUUUAUGGGAUCUCUCUCAAUACAAGUAACCUGAAAGGAAAUAUUUACCUCAAUUCCUUAGUUUCAGCAGCCACUGAUGCAGUAGCCAAUGUUCUCACAUGGCUAUUGAUAAACAGAGUUCCACGACCUAUUCUGCUCUCCUCCACACUGAUGUUUUCUGGAAUAACACACCUUGCCGUUAAAAUGGUCCCCGAGGACAUGAAUGUCUCGUUCCAGGUGUUGGUCCUGAUAGGGAAGUUAGGUGUGGCCGUGGCUUACUGCAUGGCCUUUGUGUUUUUCGCUGAGCUGUACCCCACUGUGGUCAGGAACACAGGCCUGGGUAUUGUGGCCACCGCUGGACGCAUAGGCACUAUCAUAUGUCCUUACGUCAUCUACAUGGGGGUUUACAGCAAAGUUCUUCCCUAUAUUAUUUUUGGUUCAUUAAGCAUCAUGACGGCUGUUUUGAGUUUGGUGCUUCCAGACACGAGAAACUGCAAGUUUCCUGACCUUAUCAGUGAAGCCAAACCCAUUGGAUGCAAAUUCACUCCUGAGCUCGUGCCAUCCUCCUCGUCACGCAGCAGGCCGGCCCCUCAGAACCCAUUGGUGAUGGUGACUUCUUUCACACUGCUUCACGCUGACAUGAUCCACCGGCAGACCCAUGCAAAAGCUACUCUUCGCAUGCGGCCAGUCUCGCCGCUGGUCAUCCAAGCCUCCCAUUCAACUCGGAGUGCCACUUGA